AAUCUUGACAUUCUUUUGUAAUAAAUAAAGGCUCAGACAAGAGAAACACAAACCCUUAUGUUCUAAUCUGAAUUAAGAACAUGUAUUCUGAUAAAAUAACUGACCAUGUUAUGAUGUUAGCCUGAGUUAGCCGAGUAUCUGGGAGUGUGAUUAUUUUUUAUUUUAAAUUGAGUGAUGUCACAAACCAAAAAAUAAUAAUAAUGCUUUAGCAACGAAACUGGGAUUAAACCUUCAUACAAAGCAGUUUUGCAGUAAAUGACGCCUUGAGAAGGGAACACCUCGCCUAACUCCACAGUUAGCUCUGUAGUCAUGUGAUACUGUGGAGGAAGCUAAGCAGCUAGCUCGCUAACUAACUACAGGCUAAAAAUAUUGUCGGUCAUCGGUAAACUGCAGUUUUCAAUUAUUAGGGGAUUUGAUGUUAUAUGCGUACCUUAACACCGUAAAUCCGUUUAGCAUGAACCUGGCUAGACUGUAAAUUCUUACCAUUUUGUCUGAGCAGUGUUUGUCUCCACUGAAGCACAGGAAGCGACUGACGGCCUGCUGAACCCAGGGUUGCCAGACGUAUGGAGACUCGUCCAAAAGGCUAGAGCUGCGGUACCGCCCCAAGGAUCCAUUCUGUCACCCUCUAUGUGGGAAUCGUUAUUCUUCCACCAACCUGCUGAUCCGAGUGCGCCGAAGAACAAACAGACGCAGCGGGGAGUCUCAAGUCUUCAUGGAGAUCCUGGGCCUGAUAGACACUACAUAUAAAUUUCAAGGAAUGGCAGAUUUUCAGUACCUGGCAAUGCACAGAGAGGCUGACGGAUCCCAGGUCUCUUUGUAUGACAAGGUCAUUUUGCGCAAACCUGAAAAGAAGGAGUUCUUUGAUCAACCUGUGCCGCUCUUCCUCCCACCUCCUAUCUUUUCUCGUCUGGACAACCCGGUGGAUUACUACUACCGGCCAGAUGUUGCACACAGAGAAGGAAACCCUUCGCAUUUGCUUUCCAAAGAGAACUUGAUUGGUCCGAAUCGAGCCCGGAGAGCGCACAACGCCAUUUUUGUGAGUUUUGAAGAUAAAACUGUUCCCACUGAGCCACUAGAGGCUGCUAAAAUAAACUGGCAGAAAAAUGGUAUGCACCCCAGUGAUAUCAAGGCGGAAGAGGAAAUGAGGAAGCUGUUUGAUAGACGGCCCAUAUGGUCCCGCAACGCCGUCAAAGCCAACAUCAACAUUCACCCCGAGAAGCUGAAGCUUCUGCUCCCCUUUCUGGCUUAUUACAUGUUGACCGGGCCGUGGAGAAGCCUGUGGGUGAGGUUUGGUUACGAUCCCCGUAAGCACCCAGAGGCCAAAAUCUACCAGGUUCUGGACUUCAGAAUCCGCUGUGGAGUGAGACAUGGACAUAAUUUUAAUGAUAUACCAGUAAAAGCUAAAAGAAGUGCCUACCAGUACACUCUUCCAACUGCGGUCAACAAGACAGUUCCCCAAGCAGCUAGUGUGAAGGACAUCACCCAGGAAGGUUCAUCAAGCUCUCUACAGUCUUCAUCCAAAUACAUUCUUAAGGAGUCAGUUUACAUAUUCCGUGAAGGAAUGUUACCACCGUACCGACAGAUGUUUUACCAGAUGUGUGAUCUGGAUGUAGAGAAAAUUAAAAGCAUCAUUCAUAAAAAUGACGGGAUGGAGGAAGUGUGUGACGAGCGUGACGGCUGGUGUUUGCCGAGGACUGCAGAUGAGCUCCGAAACAUCCUGUCCUCCAUGAUCAUGCAGGUGGCACGAGCUAAAAGACCUUCUCUGUCUUCCCCGAAGCUGAGGCCUGUCCGGGCCGGACGCAAAAUUGAGGACAGUGACGAGGAUGAAGACGAUGAUGAUGAGGACGAUGAAGAUUUCAAGCCAGAUGGAAGUGAAAAUGAAAUGGAGACAGAAAUGCUUGAUUACAUAUAAACUAAAAUUGUGGACUUUAACCUCAUUCUGUUGAAGUUACCUGCUGAAUGUGGAAGAGGUAUAUUUUUAUAAAAAAAAUAAAUGUCUUUUUAAAAAUAAUUAUUUGUUCAACUGCUGAUUGAGAAAUGUCUAGUGUGAAUUGACACUAAAUGCUAAAAGCUAUGUGGUGUAAAUA